AUGGAGAACCCUGAUCACGGCUGGAAGCCCAAGAACCGUCCGCAAUCAACCGUAGCUCUCCAAUUCAUGUCCGAGCUGGAUCAUCUCUUCAAGCUGGACGGCGACCUUGAUACCCUGGACAAGACGGUCCAUCAAAAGAAGCAAGCUGUCAGCACACAAACACAAGAGCUCCAAGCCCUCGAGGCCAGACUGCGCGCCGCCGAAGAGCGACUACAACAAGCAAAGGGCAACUCGCCCCCGCGACGAAAGGACAGCCAGCGCCGCACCCCCGUCGACGCCGUCUUCCCCGACCAGGCCGAGCAGAGCCCGUCGCCCGUCGCCAACACACAAACGACGCCCACGCUAGCAGGUGCGCUACCAGAGACUCCCUCGUCACAUAGCAGUGCUGACUAUGUCUUGGUAGAGAGACCUCGCUCGUCGCAGACGGUCGAAGCAGAGAAGGCAUGA